UAUAGAUUUUCCAAGUUUCUCGUUAUAUUAGAAUUUUAUAGUUUUUGUCUUAUUAUUUUGAAAAAUAUGAUGUAAAUCACAAAAGAAAAGAGUUACUUGUUAAUUUAUUGGAAAACAAUGUAGAGAUAUUCUUUUAUAUCUUUAACAGGAAAGAACUUUAAGUCAUAAAUACAAACAAUAAGAAUUUUGUGAGAGAAUAUUUACAUUUCUAAACUUACUUUAGUACCAUUAAGCACAAUAACAAUGAAGUAUUCAAGUUUUUCUGGUAUAUUUUGCAUUGUAAUUAUGCAAUACGUAUGUGCUACGUUGUGCUCGCUGUCAAACAAUCUCAAAUAUUACGAAACACUUCAUUCAUCAAGUUUUAACCACCAUGUAGUGAAAAGAGGUGCAAAACAAUCAAACCAUCCAUUCAAUACAAUCAAGGAAUUGCACUUUAAAACUCUCGGCAAAGACUUCAGACUUAUUUUACAUCCUCACAGUACUGUGCUACAUUCAAACUUCAAAGCUUAUGCAGUUGAUGGUGAAGGAAAGAAAACUGUUGUUCAUGUUGAUCGAGGCAACUUUUACACUGGCAGGGUGUUUGGUGAAAAAUUAUCAGAUGUAAAGUUACAUAUUGAUAAUGGUGUUGUUACUGGCAUUAUACAUACACCUGAUGAGACUUAUCAUAUUGAGCCAUCAUGGAGACAUUUACCAGACCAGGAUGAUGGGACUAUGAUAACUUACCGUUCAUCAGACAUACACUUUAGUUGGACACAUAAUAAUGGUAGCAGACCUCGUGUUUGUGGUUAUGUUAAAGAAGGACAAGAACUUGAAGACGAUGAUGAAGAUUAUAAUUAUAAUGUUGAAAGUAAACAGGAACAAAUGGAAAAGAAUAAAUAUUUAAAGAAAUCACAACAAAGCGACCACCAUAACAAUGUACCUUAUAAAGAUGGAAACAAAAAAAGAGUGAAACGACAAAGUGAUUAUGAAUAUACACCAACAAAAACAAGAUGCCCUCUACUAUUAGUAGCCGAUUACAGAUUCUUUCAAGAAAUGGGAGCAAGUAAUACAAAAACAACAAUUAGUUAUUUGAUAAGUCUAAUAGAUCGUGUUCAUAAAAUAUACAAUGACACAGUCUGGCAAGAUCGACAGGAUAUGGAUGGGUUUAAAGGCAUGGGUUUUGUGAUAAAGAAGAUACUGGUGCACUCCGAGCCGACGCGCGUGCGGGGCGGCGAGGCGCACUAUAACAUGGUGCGAGAGAAGUGGGACGUCAGGAAUUUACUUGAGGUUUUCAGCCGCGAGUACUCGCACAAGGACUUCUGCCUGGCGCAUUUAUUCACAGACCUGAAGUUCGAAGGAGGCAUCCUCGGGCUCGCGUACGUCGGCUCUCCUCGCAGGAACUCCGUCGGCGGAAUAUGUACUCCAGAAUACUUCAAGAAUGGAUACACAUUGUACUUGAACUCUGGUUUGAGUUCGUCUCGGAAUCACUACGGUCAGCGUGUGAUAACUCGCGAGGCGGAUCUUGUGACUGCGCACGAGUUCGGUCACAACUGGGGCUCGGAACACGACCCUGAUGUUGUGGAGUGCUCGCCCACAGCCAGCCAGGGCGGCUCAUACCUCAUGUAUACCUACAGUGUCAGCGGAUAUGAUGUUAAUAAUAAGAGGUUCUCGCCGUGCAGCCUGCGGUCUAUCAGGAAGGUGCUGCAAGCCAAGUCUGGGCGCUGCUUCUCCGAGCCUGAGGAGAGCUUCUGCGGUAACCUGCGUGUUGAGGGCGGCGAGGAAUGUGAUGCAGGAUUACUUGGUACAGAGGACAAUGACAUGUGUUGCGAUAAGAAUUGUAAACUACGCAAAAAUCAAGGAGCUGUUUGCAGUGAUAAGAACUCGCCAUGUUGCGCGGGCUGCGUGUUCGCGGCGGCGGGCGCGGUGUGUCGCGAGCCCGCACACGCAGCUUGCGAGGGCGAAGCCACCUGCACCGGCGCCUCCGCCGACUGCCCCAAGGCGCCGGCUAUAGCUGACGAGCACGAGUGCGCGGAGCGAGGCCGGUGUCGCAACGGGUCGUGUGUGCCGUACUGCGAGACACAAGGCAUGCAUAGCUGCAUGUGUGACAUAGUUGCGGACGCGUGCAAACGUUGUUGCCGCAAGAGUUUGAACAAAACUUGCUUCCCAGUGGCACACAACGACAUAUUGCCCGACGGCACGCCUUGCAUACAGGGAUUUUGUAAUAAGGGUGUCUGCGAGAAGACUAUCCAGGACGUGGUGGAGCGCAUCUGGAAUAUAAUAGAAGACAUAAAUAUAAACAAUGUGCUGGGUUUCUUGCGAGAUAACAUAGUGGGUGUUGCCGCGCUCGCCACCGCCCUGCUCUGGAUACCUGCCAGCUGUUUGAUAAGUUACGUGGACCGUCGCCGGCAACGUCAGUAUCAGAAGUACGCGGAGUGGGAGCGACGACGCGACCUGCUGCAUCCCGCCUCGCCCCGCAAGGUCAUACAUGUCAGAUUACCGAAACAGAAGCCGACAGGUUUGAAGACUGUCAUCCAAGGCACAAGUCAACUUUAAGCACACAUUAAUAUAGUUUUUAUUAAGAUUAAAAAAUAUAUCAUAAAAAUUCUGUUUAGUGA